AUGGCUGCAAAACAUGGCCAGUCGCUGCCUCACCUGCAAUCUGGUGAGGUGACACUACUAGAUUAUUCUGCAGAUGACUCUCGUGAUGUCGUGACUUUAUCCGAUAAAGAGGCCUUGGUGCUGCAGCUUUACAACCAAGUCCAGGAACAACAGCUAGAAAAGGCAUUUCUUGAACAAGAACUGGAAUCAUUUUCGGGCGCAAAUGCCGAAGAACAGCUCGCAAUAGCAGAACGUGAGCUCCUUGAGGCGCGAUCUACUUACACGGUCAGGAGGAAAGCCGUUCGCACUAUCCUCAUGACCGAGCCUAUUCUCAAAGCUGUUCACCUGAAAGCCGCCACCCCUGCUGAGAGAGCCCUUCUCUGUCUAGUGAAUCGUCGCGAUGUGCUUGCGCUCGCACAUGAGAAUCUUGCGUCGGCACAUAAUUUGGUGAUGAGACAGCUCUCCAACCUAGAAGUAAAGAAUCUACAGAUCAAUCGCGAAAACCAGGACCUGGUGCGCCAGCUACUAGAGCUCACGAAAGAGGAUUCAUCCUGGAGAGAGAAGCUUGAAGACCCCGAGCUGCUGUCGCAACUGGACAGUUUUGAAACAGAUUUAAAAGCGCGCAAAGCUCAGUGGGAGACUAUGAAGUCCAUUGCAAGUGCUGUGGUUGUUGCCAGUGGACUAAAUUGGGCCGAUGACGACAUGCUGCGCGCGUUGGUGCUAGAUGAAAGUGAUGACUGA